AAAGAAGCGUUUCUUUCUACAAUUAUUAGCUUUAUAAUAUUUCUUCACUGCCCAAACUAAUUGUACUCGAGAACCGCGAGUUCCUCAUGCAUCUCACUACCUCCGUCGCCGUCCUCGUCGGCUGCGUCGUUGUCUUCAUCUGGCGGAGAUCCUCCUCCCCCAAGGCCAAGAAGGUCACCUCGAAUUCCGCUUCUGCAAUUGCAAUGGCUUCUAAUGCGACCAUCCCUACAUAUGAUGUGUUUGUCAGCUUCCGCGGUGAAGACACGCGCAACAGCUUCACUGCUUUUCUCUUUGAUGCUCUCUCUCAAAAUGGCAUCCAUGCCUUCAAAGAUGAUACACAUCUUCAGAAAGGCGAAUCCAUAGCACCCGAGCUGCUACUGGCCAUUCAAGGGUCUGGCCUUUUCGUUGUGGUCUUCUCAAAGAACUAUGCUUCCUCAACUUGGUGCUUGCGUGAACUUGCACACAUCUGCAACUGCACUAUUCAAGCAUCCCCGAGUCGUGUUCUUCCAAUUUUCUAUGAUGUUGAUCCAUCAGAGCUGCGGAAACAGAGUGGUUAUUAUGGGAUUGCCUUUGCAGAACACGAACGAAGAUUCAGAGGAGAUAAAGAGAAGAUGGAGGAACUGCAGAGAUGGAGAGAAGCUCUGAAACAAGUGGCCAAUAUCUCUGGCUGGAAUAUCCAAAAUGAGUCACAACCUGCAGUGAUUGAAAAAAUUGUUCUAGAAAUAAAAUGUAGAUUGGGUUCCAAAUUUCAAAAUCUUCCAAAGGGUAAUCUAGUUGGGAUGGAAUCCUGUGUUGAAGAAUUAGAAAAGUGUUUAGAAUUGGAGUUGGUUAGUGACGUUCGAGUUGUUGGAAUUUGUGGAAUGGGGGGAAUAGGAAAAACCACUCUUGCACGUGCUUUAUACGAAAAGAUUUCUUAUCAAUAUGAUUUUCAUUGUUUUGUUGAUGAUGUAAAAGAAAUUUAUAAAAAAAUUGGUUCACUAGGUGUACAAAAACAAUUGCUUUCUCAAUGUGUAAAUGAUAAAAAUAUAGAGAUUUGCAAUGCUUCCAAGGGAACAUAUUUGAUAGGAACUAGGUUACGCAAUAAACGAGGACUUAUAGUUCUUGAUAAUGUUAGCCGGGUUGAACAACUACACAUGUUUACAGGGAGUAGAGAGACUCUAUUACGUGAAUGUGUAGGUGGAGGGAGUAGAAUCAUCGUAAUUUCUAGGGAUGAACACAUAUUAAGGACACAUGGAGUAAAUCAUGUUUACCAAGUCAAGCCAUUGAAUCAAGACAAUGCUGUUCAGUUAUUUUGCAAAAAUGCUUUCAAAUGUGACUAUAUUUUGAGUGGUUACAAAAUGUUGACACAUGAUGUAUUAUCACAUGCUCAAGGCCAUCCCUUGGCAAUUCAAGUAAUAGGCAACUUUUUGCAAGGUCGAAAUGUUUCGCAGUGGAAAAGUACAUUGGUUAGGUUAAAUGAAAUUAAAAGUGAGGAUAUUAUGAAGGUGUUGCGAAUAAGUUAUGAUGAUCUGGAAGAAAAAGACAAAGAAAUAUUUUUAGAUAUUGCUUGUUUCUUCAGUCGUGAUUAUAGUUAUAAAUAUUCUGAGCGUUAUGUGAAAGAAAUCCUGGAUUUUCGUGGAUUUAAUCCUGAAAUUGGCCUCCCAAUUCUUGUUGAUAAAUCACUCAUAACCAUUAGUCACGGGAAGAUUUAUAUGCAUAGGUUGCUGAGAGAUUUAGGCAAGUGUAUUGUUCGAGAAAAAUCACCUAAAGAGCCAAGAAAUUGGAGUAGAUUGUGGGAUUGGAAAGAUCUCUACGAAGUUUUGUCGAACAAUAUGAAAGCAAAAAAUCUGGAAGCCAUAGUUGUUGAAGAUAAAACAUGGAUGUUUUUUGAAACAACAAUGAGAGUUGAUGCUCUAUCAAAAAUGAAAAACCUUAAGUUGCUUAUGUUUCCCGAGUAUAAGCAGUGGAAGGUUACCACAAAUGAGAAGAAGAAAUUUUCAGGAAAUCUCAAUUAUGUUUCCAAUAAUAAAUUAGGAUAUCUUAUUUGGCCAUACUAUCCCUUUAACUUUCUACCUCAAUGUUUUCAGCCACACAAUCUUAUUGAGUUGGAUCUUUCUAGGAGUAACAUCCAACAUUUAUGGGACAGCACACAGCCUAUACCCAAACUGAGACGUUUGAAUCUCUCUUUCUGCGUCAAUCUAAUUGAGGUGCCAGAUUUUAGUGAGGCCCUAAAUCUCGAGAGUCUAGAUCUCAGUGGAUGUACACGACUCAGUCGGUUCCAUCCAUCCAUUGGUUUUCCUAGAAAUCUUACCAAUUUGAGAUUAUGGGACUGCAAAAGUCUUGUCGAGUUACCACAUUUUGAACAGGCCCUAAAUCUUGAAUACUUAGAUCUGACAGGAUGUGAACAACUAAAACAGCUACCCUCAUCCAUUGGUCGUCUAAGAAAGCUUAAAUUUUCAUUAGAUUUGGAAGAGUGUAAAAGUCUCACUGACUUGCCACAUUUUGCAGAGGACCUAAAUUUUUCCUGGUUAAAUCUCAGAGGAUGUAUAGAACUAAGGCAGAUACAUCCAUCCAUUGGUCACCUAAGAAAGCUUUCUGGUUUAGUUUUGCAAAAUUGCAAAAGUCUCGUAAAGUUGCCAGAUUUUGCAGAGGACCUAAAUCUUAGACAGUUAAAUCUCGAAGGAUGUGAACAACUAAGGCAGAUACAUCCAUCCAUUGGUCAUCUAACAAAGCUUGAGGUUUUAAAUUUGAAAGAUUGCAAAAGUCUCGUAAAGUUGCCAGAUUUUGCAGAGGACCUAAAUCUUAGAGAGUUAAAUCUCGAAGGAUGUGAACAACUAAGGCAGAUACAUCCAUCCAUUGGUCAUCUAACAAAGCUUGUUAAAUUAAAUUUGAAAGAUUGCAAAAGUCUCGAAAGCUUACCCAACAACAUAUUGAGACUCAGUUCUCUCCAAUACCUAAGUCUUUUCGGCUGUUCAAAACUAUAUAAUAUCCGUUCAUCAGAAGAACAAAGGGGUGCAGGGCAUUUGAAGAAGCUUCGUAUAGGUGAAGCUCCCAGUCGUUCCCAAUCAAUAUUCUCAUUCUUCAAAAAGGGGCUUCCAUGGCCUUCUGUGGCCUUCGACAAAAGCCUGGAGGAUGCACACAAAGAUUCAGUUAGAUGUUUGUUGCCUUCCUUGCCUAUUUUCCCAUGUAUGCGUGAACUUGAUUUAAGUUUCUGCAAUUUACUUAAAAUCCCUGAUGCUUUUGUUAAUUUCCAAUGCUUAGAAGAGCUAUAUUUAAUGGGAAACAAUUUUGAAACACUACCCAGCCUCAAGGAGCUUUCCAAACUGUUACAUUUAAACUUACAACACUGCAAGAGAUUGAAAUAUUUGCCUGAGCUCCCUUCACGAACUGAUCUGUUUUGGUGGAAUUGGACAACUGUUGAUGAUUAUGAAUAUGGAUUGGGAUUAAAUAUUUUCAACUGCCCAGAAUUAGCUGAGAGAGAUCGCUGCCCCAACAAUUGUUUCUCAUGGAUGAUGCAAAUAGCUCAUCCCGAUUUACUUCCUUUGGUUCCACCGAUUUCAAGUAUUAUUCCAGGAAGUGAAAUACCAAGCUGGUUCGAGAAACAGCAUUUGGGCAUGGGCAAUGUCAUAAACAUAGGCAGAUCUCACUUUAUGCAGCAUUACAAAAAUUGGAUAGGCCUUGCGUUGAGUGUAAUCUUCGUGGUACACAAAGAAAGAAGAAUUCCCCCUCCAGACAUGGAACAACCUUCAAUUCUUAGUAUUACAUGUGGCCCUUCUAUUCCACCCCAACAAAGAAAGAAAGAACGUCCAUCUCCUUAUAUUCCGGUUCUUUUCCGUGAAGAUCUAGUCACUGAUGAAUCGGAUCACUUGUGGCUAUUCUAUUUCACUCUAGAUCUUUUUGAUGAUCGUAAUUUUGAUGAGUUGGAAGUGAAAUGUAGAUCCAGAGAUCUUCUUCAUGAUCAAGAUUUGGUUGUUGAAGUGAAGAAAUAUGGGUAUCGUUGGGUACAUAAACAUGAUCUAGAAUUAUUAAAUAGGUCGUCUCUGAAGCGCAAUUUUUCGGAAAUUAAAGAAAACUAGUAGCAAUUGCAAUUCGGCAAGGCUUGCUUCAUAGUGAAGAAUUGAAGACAGAUUUGAAUAUGGAUGCAGAGUUGAAGCAGCAGUAGCAAGAUCAAGUUCGCCUGGACUUUUGGGAUAAAUAGUCCAAUCAUCUCUUUACAAGGAAUAAUCUUCAUCCAUCCUCUCUUCAUGUAUAUCUCUCUAAGGAAAAGAGAAGAGCUUGAAUCAUUUUGGGUUUUGAAGAGUAAAGAUAGGUGGGAAAAGUUCCACUAGGAGGUACUUUGCCCUUGAAAGAGGAUUACUUCCCUUACUUGAUCUCUAUUCUUAUCAACUGGUCCGACCUGUUAUAGCUGACCAUGUGACGCUCAAAGCCACCACUAAUAGGUUGGAGGAGGCCAUUUCCCACCUAUCCCUCCACCACACUUAGCUCGACAGCAAGGUCGAUUCCAUCCUCGACCGCCUCAACAUCCUACCAACACCAAUUCUGCUUCUAUUUCUAGCUCUCAUACCAUCCAAUGCAUCCUCGACCGCCUCAACAUCCUACCAACACCAAUUGAAGACAGAUUUGAAUAUGGAUGCAGAGUUGAAGCAGCAGUAGCAAGAUCAAGUUUGCCUGGACUUUUGGGGUAAAUAGUCCAAUCAUCUCUUUACAAGGAAUAAUCUUCAUCCAUCCUUUCUUCAUGUAUUUCUCUCUAAGGAAAAGAGAAGAGCUUGAAUCAUUUUGGGUUCUGAAGAGUAAAGAUAGGUAUAUGCUGUUUUGGCUUGUUAUUUUGAGUGCAAAAUUUGCGUUUGCUUACUUUCUUUAGAUAAGGCCUUGGUGGACCCAACAAGGGCUAUUAUAAAAGAGGAUAAUAUAAAUUACUCUUGGCAUGAUUUUGUCUCUAAAAAUAAUCAAAAUGCUUUGACAAUUGUUAACGUGUGGGCUCCUGUGGUUGCUGUAAGUGCAGUGUCAUUGUUUGUUUUUCCACUUCCUCCUUCAAAUAUGUUAUCAUAAGAGGAAAGCAUCUUGUUCCUUUUUAAUCUUUCUUUCUCUAUAGGGAUCGGAAAAAUGUCUGACAAUAAGUCCUUAAAGUUUGGUGUGAAGUGGCAGGGUUGUUAAUAUAUAGCAUGUUUCUGUUAUGCAGUCUCAUAGUGCGUUUGGAUUAGCUUUAUUUGCAUUCACUAUAAGUUUUUCAGCAAAAAAACUCUUUCUUGAGCAGUUUUAAAAUGACAUCUUCGGGUGUUUGAAGAUAUUAUAUACUUAUCUCUUGUAAUUUGAAAUAUUAUAUCUUCACAAGUUGCUAAACUUAGUUCUGAGGAUUGUAUUUCACUGGUUUAGUAGUUAAUAAAUAGUAUAGAAGCUUUUAGGUGAUUGGAAAACCUUCAAUUUAACUGUUACGUAAAAUUGCAUUCUCCCUCUCCCGUUUUUGAGUGUUUUAAUGGUUGUUUCCGAUUUGUUAAUUCAAAUUCUUUCAGAUUUAUCUUCUAGAUAUUUAUGUGUUUUACACACUUGUAUUGGCUGUCUAUGGAUUCUUACAGGGGGCAAGAGAUCGACUGGGAGAGGUAAGUAGUAUUGUUAAGUUGUGGUUUACCAACGAUAAAUCCUUUUGAUAAUUUGUCGUGUUAUUAUUAAUAUCUUUUACCUAUUGCUAGUCUUGUCCUGUACAUUUCAGAAUUUAAGAGUAGUUGGUAUAACUAUUUUGUGGCCGAAUGUGGUCACCAGAUUAGGUCAUUUGAAGCACUGCAUAGACUUUUGAGUAGUUUCCUAGAGCUUUUAUGGACACACUUCAUGUUCCUCUACCCAAUAGGUGCUGCUUGUUAAAUGUUCUUUUUCCUGUUUUAUGAUUUUCAUUCUGUAUUUGGAAGAUAGUUGUAUGUGUAUGUGUCCUAUCUCUGUUGUAGCUCUCUGAGAAUAUAUGCUCUCUACUUUCAUAUUUUCCCCUUAAAUAGUAUUGUUACUCUAUAAGCUUAUUUAGUUCUUCUCGAUAUUUUAUAUUUUCAGGAGUUCCCAUCAAAAUUCUGUUCAGGUUGUGGAGAAAAACAAGGUUGAUACUGCUCGGUUUUGCCCCCUUUUGGCAUGAGAUCAUAAGGAAUCUAAUGGAGGAGGAUUACCUAACCAACUUUGAAAUGGAGUUGCUUUUAAAGCCUAGGAAUUUUGGGGAUCUUCCUUUGGUUCAAUGGCCACUUUUUAUACUUGCAAGCAAGCAGAAUUGAAAAGAAGAUUUCAAGUGAUUUAGAAGAAAUUUGACGAAAAAUUGAAGAAGAAAAAGAAGACAGUUUGCUUAACGCACACUGUAGGCCCAACACACAUCUCACUUGGCGCGUAGGUCUUGCUCAGCACGUGUACUCGCUUAGGGCGCAGAUCUGGCUUAGCGCGAGAAGGCCUACAAAGAAAAGUCUAGUACACGCUUAGCGCACAGAUGCACGCUCAGCAUACAGUCAGCGUGAAAAGUAAAUUACCUUAAGCCUAUAAAAGGAGUAGAAAGCUGAAGGAAAAGACACAUUGACUCUCAAAGCUUUCCAAUGCAGAAAUCCAAAACUUGAGUCUCUCCCUUAGGAGAAACCUCUCUUCCUUAGUUGUUCCCCUCUUCUUGUAUUAUUCAUUUAUCACCUUCUUUCAUUAACCCCUGGAGUGUAAAGUCUCUCAUGAUCAUGAGAGGCUAAAUCCCCACUAUUGGGUACUUGGAGGCCAAAACACUUGAAAUGUAAUUCUAUUUCCAUUAUUCUUCUCUGUGCUUAUUUGUUAUUAUGGUCUGAUUACCCAUA